AAUUGAAAUACAACUAUAUUUAGUUUCGCAAAUAAAUUCAAUUAAAAUUUUAGUCGUAAAAGUUUAUUGAAUUUGAUUACUUCGGUUUCUGUUUCGUUAACAGAAUGUACGUUUUAUUAGCCUUCCUGAUGCUCCUACCGAAAAGUUUCGCCAGCGCCGAGCGAUGUGAAGUGUCAUGUCCCUCAGGAGAUGCUCAAAUGGAUUGCGGCUUUGACGCGAACAGCAUUACAUACAAAAUGUUUCCAAGCAAAUGUGCCAUGAAUGCAUACUCAAAAUGUUAUGACUCUGAUUACGCGUCCGUCCCAUUAAAAUACUGCAUCAAAGCUCACAUAACCGAAUCCCGGAGAUCAUACGGUGAAUCGUGCCCUGUAUUUUGCCCUAACCACUACCGACCAGUUUGUGGAGCCUCCAAAUUCAGAGACUAUAUUUAUAAAACUUUCAACAACGGAUGUUAUCUUGAUAUGAUUAAUUGUAGGGGCGAUGAGGAUUUAUCUGGCUACAUCGAGGUUCCGCUGGAGUAUUGCCAGAAGCAUAUGAUGAAGAAUAUUUUCAGGGAGCAAGUUGUCAUAUCAAACCUUCAUGAUUAUCGCGAUUAUGAAUAAAUAUUUUAUACAAAGCAACCCGUUCAUAAAA